CUCGACUGUUUUGUUUUUCUCAGUAAGCUCGUAAAUAGUGGUGCUCAAAUGACCUACUUUUGUUUAAUGUAGCCAGUUAUUAGUUAUACAGCGCUGACUUGAUGUGAGUGCUGUUUGGCACGUGCUCGCGCGUGUGUGGGUGUGUGGGUGGGAUCUCGCUCGCGCGCGGUGCUGCAGACUCUCGUCUCGAGUCGUUCAACGGUCAGGAGCAAGUUUGCUGCUCGGUGAUUCUCUGAGUGUUUCGCCGUCAUGGAGCCACGGAGGGGAAAGCACUGCUCCCUAUCAGCGCUGUGCUGUGUGUUCGUGCUGUGGACGCAGCUGCAGCUGAGUUGGACGCAAGAAUGCCCUGGAGAUGGACGCACCUGGGUGCCAUUGGGUCACAAAUGUUACCACUUUGUCCAUGGAGAAGAAGACCAAAUCAAAAGCUACACUUUUGAGAGCGCAAAAACCCUCUGCCAACACUAUGAACUUUUGUCAAUCAAGAGCGCCGAGGAGAAUGACUUCGUCGUUAACUAUAGCCCAAGGGUGUGGAAAGGCGCUGUCAAUGUGUGGCUGGCAAUGUAUUAUGACACAGACAGUGAUGACAUGAAGUGGCAUGGCAACCUACCUGUGCAUUACACUAACUGGGAGAGCAGCUCUUUUACAACGGACCUCGUGCCGCUGGACACAUGUGUGACUCUGCACACCACCACAGGGAAGUGGGAAAAUGUCAGCUGCCUGGAAGAGGUGGAGAAUGGAGUGGUCUGUGAGGCAUAUCAGAGCAUUAGCUGUCCAGGGGAAGAGCAAGUCAGCGCAAACUCUCGCCCGCUGAUGUCCGCCUUGGUCAUUCUGAGUGUGGUAGCUAUCGUGGGAGUCUCUGCAGUUGUUUGGUUCCUGCACCAGAGGCAUAGUCGGGGCUCCACGAUCUUCACGCCUUUCGAGUACCACCCUCCGCUCCGAAUGCUGGAUACAGACCGGUCCUGCCUGGUGGAGUCUGAGGAGACUGACAGUGUGCCAUAGGAGAACUUUUCUCUCCCUUCACGCUUGGUGGGUGCUCAUACAAAGAGAAGUCUGAUCGCAAACAAACAGUUAUGGAUGUAGUUUCAGUGUCAUGAUUCAGAGUAAUGUAGUGUGAUUCUAAGACAACUGACACAGUCUUACUCUGAUACUAGAUCCUCACAGUGGCACAUAAACAUCUCACUUCUUCUGCUUCUGUCAUGUGCACUAACAGAGAAUCAUCUGUACCAUUUUUCAAAUUGGUGCAUUUUCAUCUGUAGCUGUAGCCUGGUUUACAUGUCCUCUGUUAUUAUCAGGCUUUUGUUUAUUAACUUUUAAGAUAAUUAUUUCUGGCUAUGAUUAUUAGAUGUGACCUACUUUUGUUUAUCAAAAAAAGGAGGGAUUAAAUAAAUAUACUUUUCGUAAGCAGACAGAUAAUAUCUGUUACAAUCUACUCCAGCAAUUUAAGUAUUGCAUUCCUAUACAUUUGAGGGACUAACGAGAGAAAUGGAGAGGUCAGUUGGUGCAGCAGAGACCGAGACUUCCUGAUGAUUAGUCCCUAAUAUAUAUCAGGUUCCAAAAAUGCUGGAUUGCUGCAACUACACGUUUCCAGUACACACUCACUGCCAGGUUAAAGCCUUUUGCCUCCAGUUUAUAAUGCAGGCUUGCUGUUAUAAAUGUGUAAUCUACGAGUCCAAGCUGAGAUAAGCCUGUCAGAUGUCAUCAAUGGUUAUGCUCUCAGACUUUUAAAAGUUCUGUGUGGAGCCACACUAGAAACCCUUAAUAUUAGGGUAGACAUAUUCACCAUUAUGCCUUAUUCUGCAUGACAAUAUCUACUAGGCCAUUUAUAUAGGUUAUUGCGCAUGUAAAAUAACCCUGAAAGUUUAAAAGGUAAAGAGAAACUCCUCUCAAACAGAAAAACACUGCUCCUGAAACACCCCGUCAGUAGUCCCACCUUAUUAACUCUCCUGACUUUGUGAUAUCACACUGCCACCAUGUCACAGGUUUGCAUAAUUUGUGCCCAGCAGGCAAGCGUGGCAUGUAAGAAUUUAUUUGGCACAGCUGCUCUGUUUUUGUCAGUUGUCGGCUCAGACCUGUGUGAGCUGACCAAUUAGAGGAGAAUGGUUAUUUAGGAGGGGGGGCAUUAAAGAGACAAGAGUCGGAACAGAUAGUUUCAGACAGAGGGUGAAAACAGUGCUGCAACACUGGACAAUGUGAGAGAACUAGUGUGUUUUUUAACCAUUAAAGCAUGUAAACCUGUUCCAGUAGUAACCCAAAUUAAAAUUAUGAACUUGCAUCAUAUGUCUCCUUUAAAGAGCGGUCUUGCUCACAACUAACUCACUUGUGGUUUGAAAUGUAUCAACCCACACAGUUCGGGAAUUAGUUACAAGCAAUUCCAAUUAAAAUGAGCUUCAUAUUGUGAGUAUAAAUUUGGAGGUAUUUGGACACUACAUAUACUUUAAUUUAGUAGUUUUGCAUUUGGUUACAUGAGAGUAGACCGUAGUUAUUAAGUGUUACUAAGGGAGAACAACUUUAUGUGGUAUUACCACCUUAUAGGCUCCAUAAUAAGCAAAGCCUAUUAGUAUCUUAAUUCAUGUACAAUGGCCUUCUUACUUGUGAACAUGAAUGAAUAAGCAGUAGUUGGGAGAUUACAGAGGGAACACUCUUAGUUAAUGGCCUACUAGUUAACAGGGCAAAAAAGGGGGCGAUAUGUAAGAACUUACGUUGAAAACAUUCAAAAAUGAUCAACAGAAUGUGAUUAAAUAGCAGUUUUGACAUUUUGAUGUAUUGUGUAGCAGAGAAAUCUACUGGAGUUAGCAUGCUAACAAAGCUGAGCUAACUUGCUAAGGGCAGCUACAGUUAGCAGCAGUUAGCAGUUGCUCUCAUGAAAUAUUGCCUCCUUUUUGUUUUGAGCAUGGAUUUGACAGGUGGCUACUUCUUAGAUAUUACACCUUUAAUGAAUACUUCAUAAUGUCUAAUAAAGAGCCAAUAUCUACUAAAAUGAGCUACAAAGCAACUAGUUAAUGGUUGAUAUGCAAAUAUAUGCAGAUGUGUUGCCAAAUUAUUAUGCAACAGUGAUGAGUAAACUGACCUUUUUAAUGUGUAAAAUCAGUGGAGUGUCACAUGUAGAUGCACAUGUAAAUAGCCAGAGUGUUAGCAAAUGCCCUGUUAUGCCAUGCUUGUAAAUGUAGCCAAUGAUGUAAAUUUGCACAGGCCAUCAAUCUUUCUUUUUUAUGUAUAAUAUGUUGAUCUGAAAAGCCGUCCUAAUUGAUUUUUUCCUGCAUUCUGUCCCAGGCUUCAGUUUUUAUUGUAACUAACCAAAAUAGAGCCUUUAAAGCCAGUUCAUUUGCUUCUUAUGUACUUUUUACCUGGUCUAAAGACACACUGUGUAUUAUUUGUGUUUAUGUUAAGUGUUAAAUUGCCGCCCUAGAACAUGAGAGAAGUUAGCCUUUAGGGCCUUCAGCCAGAAAGCCCUUUAAGCACAUGGUUAACAUGGUGAAAGGGUCCAUAUCUACGUGGACUACAUGCUCUUUAGUCUACAUCACCUGACUUCCUAAAUCCCUUCUGGCUGAAAGCCCUGAAAGCGAACCUCUCCCAGCACUGCUGCGCUAUAAAAUGGCAUUAUCUUUGUUUUGUUUUGAAGAGAGUAAUCAGGAUUUUGGUGUUGGAAAUAAUAAAUGUUUCCUGUAACAAUCAAGAUUUAUAAUGGAUACAUAGCAGAAUGAUGACAGUAGAUAGUAUUUCUGUGUGUAACAUACCCCUCUCAAAACUGUCCUACAUUUCCGACAGCAUGGAUGCUUUUGAGCAUUAUUUCUGAUUAAUUUGGCCGGACCUGAGCCCUUGUGUGUUUUCGUAAUAAAGUAUGCUUGAAUACAA